AUACCAUGUCUGCUCCAGGAAGAAUGAUCCCCGCGACCGAGGAGGACACGCUGUACCUCCGCAAGAUUAUGGGCAACAUGCCGUUCGCCGGCGACACUUUCGCGCCCCACUUUCGGGCUGUGGAGGCCCAGGAGGUCCCCAGUGUGAAUGCCAAGGGUGGAAGGGACACGGAUGGCUGGACUGCGGUGUACGAGGCGAUCGUGCAGCCUAACUGGAUCAACGGUGGUGGUGGUCUGCACGGCGCGGCCGCUGCGUGGAUCGUCGACAUGACCACGGGCACGACCUUUAGGCGGCUGUUCACCAAGGAGUGGAACAUUGCCGGGCCCAGCAUCAACAUUGACAUGACGUACUACAACCCUGCGCCGGCUGGAACAAGGCUUCGUGUUGAGUGCACCAUUGACCGCAUGGGCGGCGUGCUGGCCACGGCCAGAUGUCUUAUCAUCAACGCGGACAAUGGCAAGCGCAUCGCGUCGGGCAUGCACACGACGAUCAAGCCCAGCAAGGGCACGUGGGGCAGGAGGGCUCCUCCACCUCCCCAGGCCAAGCUAUAGGCCAGAUGAUAGAGGCUAGAUGUGAGAGUCUUGACGCGGG